GUCUCCUUGGCUUAGAAACAGAAAUCGAUUUCUCUUGCGAAAGUAAGUCUGAUAAUAGCAGUUAUAACCUGCCGCUGAGGUGUUCGACCCAUACAACUUUCCGGAGGAGAUGACGCCACCAUCUUCUACCCCAAGACGCCGCCACAGAGUUUCGCGCGGAACUGCGGCUGCGCGGGGCGUGUCUUGGGGCGUGGCUGACGCCGCUCUCCGGAAGUGUAUCUAGAGCCCGCGAGCAUUCGCGGAUCGGCGUGCUAGAGCGGCGCGGCCCGUCGGGGUGGGGGUGAGCCCAUCAUGGAGGACGAGCGAAGCUUCUCGGAUAUCUGCGGCGGCCGCCUGGCCCUGCAGCGCCGCUACUACUCCCCUUCCUGCCGGGAGUUCUGCCUCAGCUGCCCUCGGCUUUCGCUGCGCUCGCUCACCGCUGUCACCUGCACCGUGUGGCUGGCGGCCUACGGACUCUUCACCCUCUGCGAGAACAGCAUGAUCCUCUCUGCUGCCAUCUUCAUCACCCUCUUAGGCCUGCUUGGUUAUCUCCAUUUUGUGAAGAUCGAUCAGGAGACUUUGUUAAUCAUUGAUUCCCUUGGCAUCCAGAUGACUUCUUCCUACGCCUCAGGCAAAGAAAGCACCACCUUCAUUGAGAUGAACAAGGUGAAGGAUGUGGUCAUUAAUGAGGCUAUUUACAUGAAGGUGAUUUACUACCUCUGCAUUUUAUUGAAGGAUCCAGUGGAACCACAUGGGAUAUCCCAAGUAGUACCUGUCUUCCAGAGUGCCAAGCCCCGGCUGGACUGCUUGAUUGAAGUGUACAGGAGCUGCCAGGAGAUCCUGGCACACCAGAAAGCCACAUCAACAAGCCCAUGAGUGCCAGGAUUCAGAAGGCCAGUAUUGUCUUCCAUGUGAGAUGACUCCUAAGCCAUAGUGGCUGGUUUAUUUUCUGUAUUCUAAACCAUCAGGUGGACACAGUCCUAGGAACCAAGAUGGAUGCAGUGGAUUUCAGAGCCAUAGAGCAGGUGACUGGGAAAUCUAACUCGUGCAAUGUUGAGCAAAGUAAUUCUGUGCAUUUUAGUGUUCCCCUUGUAAGGUUUUUGCCUACUUCACCAACUGAGAGGAAACGUUAAAUGAUAUGUCAAAGCACGAUUAGCAGAGAACAUGUGAAAUUCCUCAGCACAUUCAGUUUACUUUUUGUUGAAAUUUGUGGAUCAAGACAAUGGAAAACUAACAUCAGAUCUCUUGGGAAAGGUGUAAUUUUAAACUGCAUAGUACCCCUGUAUAAAAGCUAAGAAAACAAAGUCAAGCCCUUCAGGCAUUGGAUAGCAGGAAGAAAUGUCCUAUGAAAGACUAGUCUCUGUCCACUAGUUCCUGUGUUCUGUACAGGAUUAAUUUAUGAUGACUCUUAAUAAAUAAAUGUUCUUCCAAAACAUACACAACAAUUGCCUGGUUAACAGUCAGCUGCUUUUUAUUGACAAACAUGAUGAUCAUGGCAUUUCAGUCAUGGGUGUCAGGCACAUUAAUAAUCUUCUGUUACACUCAGCAUUGUCUAUGGUUUCAAAAGCUUUUUUUUGCUAAGACAGAUGAGACAGAAGGCCCAAAGAAAUUUGACUGUGGUUUCCAGACACUGAACUCUCAUGUUAAAGAAGGAUUAACAAGCAAACUGUUACAGAAGCCUUUGUUUAAAGGCAGCUGCUUCUCUGUAAAAUUAAUAAGGAAAGAUUCCUGAUGAGUUGGAAGGAGAGAGGGUGGGGAAAAUAGCUUGACCCCCAAAUUCACUAUGAAAACAGCUCUGUUCUUGCUUAUUCUUGGAACACUAACUUAUUUUUAAUUUUUAAUUUUUUUUUUUUUUAAUUCUCAGGCAGAUAAUACUAUCCUCAUUGGCCCUAGAGAUAGUCAAGAUAUUAUAAAAUCAGAGCUGUAAUCACUGCCUUUUGCAUCAGCCCUAGAGAAACAAUUAUCCAGGAGCCUGUGGUACAUGGUGAUUUGUUCGAGGUAGAAAUAUCUCAGCUAGAUCCCCAAAUCCUGAGGGGAGGAGGCUGGAAUGGAAAUGUGAGAUGGCUGGAAAUCUGCCUGUCUUGCAAAGUCUAAUUCAUUUAAGAGAGAUAGAGGUUCUGAUGUGCUUUUUUCAUCAUGCUUGUCAGUUUAAAGAGUGAACAAAGGUGAACAGUUUAAAGAGUCAGCAGCUGAGAUGUUCAGAUAAACUAGUCCAGCCUUGCAAUUUGGCAUUCUGCAAGAAACACAUUGUUGGGGUGAAAGGCUUGGUUCUUGGAUGAUAAUGCUAAAGUCAUCCAGUUUUCAGCACUUUACUGACAAAUGGCAAGAUUGCCUUAGAGCUAUGAAAUAAAGCUCAGUUUCCCAGUUGUUGGAAAAUAAAUAGUCUGAACUCUU